UGAACUCGUUCGUUCGUUCUUUUUGUUGUGUUUCUUAUUUCUAAGAUUAUUUCGCGCCUAUUUUACUUUUCUACUGAUUUUCUUUACUGGCUUCUCCGUGAUUUAUGAAUUUUAUAAUGUAUAAUAGUGUUUUAAUAACAUAAUUUUAAGCAUCAAUUUGAUUACCUAAAAUGCCAGCGUCAAUGCGAAACGGCAGCAUAUCUAGCCAAUCGUGGAAUAAGAGUUCAACAUCAUGGGAUGAUGAAGUUACUCCAGAAGAAAGUAAUCUUCCCGAUAAGAAGACAUCCAAAGCACUUUCUAGAAAGGGAAGGCAAAGAUUGUCCCAGAAUGGUACUAGUAAACAGUUGACCAUUACCAAUAUGUUUCCAGUGAAAAGAAGCAGGAGUUCUGAAAACAUUGAAGAGGUUAAACUUAAAAAAGUUAAAAUUGAUGCAAACAUAGAAGCAGUUGAGCAAAAACAUAAUAAUAAUGAUACUAUAGAAAACAAAGAAUCGGACACCAGUACAGAUGAUGUUACUAACAAUUGUAAUAAUAAUCAUGUUUUUAAUUCAUCUUGUGUAGAUGAAGUAGAAAUACAAAACCUUGACAAUAAUAACAAAAGUGAAAAUAGUUCCCAAGAUGUAUGCAACAAAAGUUUAGAAAGUUCAGACGACAAAACGGAAAAUGGAUAUCACAAAGAAAUUAGUGAACAUUUUGAAUCCAGUGAUACUGUAAAGAUAGGAUCUGAGGAUAAUUUGGUUGAAGAUGUUAAUAAAUCCAAUGUAGGUCACAAAGACAAGGCAAACAACGAAGUUUCAGAUUUAAAUUCAAAUCAGACAAUAAAAAGUAACAUUCCAGAUAAUGAGCAAUGCAAUAUUUGUGGUCAAUUUAUAAAUAAUUCUGAUAUUAUAUAUUACCAAGGACACCCACAGGAUGCUGUGGAAGAGUUUAUUGCAUUGACUAAUGAGAAAUUGGUCUUAUCUGCAGGUGAUGAAGGAGAUAUAAUGGAAAGACCACAAACCAACAUAACAGGAUUUUCAAUAUUUGAUCAACAUGGGCACCUAUGUCCUAUUGAUGGUGGACUUGUUGAGAAUGAUGUUCGUAUAUACAUGUCAGGUUAUUUAAAAUCCAUAUGUUCCGACUCUUCUGACAUAGAUGAGGAUUCAAUACCUGUAAAAGAUGUAGGCCCUAUUAUUGAAUGGUUUAUUCAUGGAUUUGAUGGUGGCGACAGAAAUUGUAUCACACUUUCAACUGAAUUUGGCGAGUAUAAUUUGUUGAAACCUAGUACAGAAUACACACCACUUAUGAACAAUUUAUAUGAAAAGAUAUGGUUAAGCAAAGUUGUAGUAGAAUACUUGGAAGAGUUUCAUUAUCUUCAGCCUAAUUAUGAAGAUUUACUCGAAGUCGUUAGAGAAGCGAAAAUUCCAGAGCUGGAUGAUAAAAAAAUGACUGAGGAAAUGCUUCACAAACAUGCACAAUUUGUAUGUGAUCAAGUUGUCAGCUUAGAAACAAACGAAGAUGACGAUCCUUUGAUUACCUUACCAUGUAUGAGAGAACUUAUAAAGUUGAUGGGCAUAAAAUUCGGGAAACGUAAAAUUCGAGCUAAAAUCGAUUACAAAAAAGUAGACAAAAAAUCUUGGACAAAAGCAACAACGACACCACUAGUAAGAAAAACAUUUGAAAGUUUCUUUACGAACCAGUUGGACAAGACAAAUCAUGAGUUAGUUUUAAGAAGAAAAAGAUGUGGUAUUUGUGAGGCCUGUCAGCUACCAGAUUGUGGAGAGUGCAAUGCUUGUCGGGCUAUGGCCAAAUUUGGUGGUCAUGGAAGAACUAAGAAAGCAUGUGUUCGGAGACUUUGCCCUAAUAUGGCUGUGCAGCAGGCUGAGGAUUCAGAACCUGAAGAUGAAGAUGAUUAUCAAAUAAUGGUUGAAAAGAAAAUACAAGAUAAAUUAGAAGAUACAGUACCAGUAAAACUAACAGGAGUUAACAGCAGAAAUAUAAAGUGGAUUGGAGAACCAGUUAAGGCAGAUUCAACAAAAAUCUACUAUGAGAAAGUAGAAAUUGAUGGUGCAGAACUUCAAAUUGGAGACUAUGUUAUGGUGGAAACUUCACAACCAAAUAUACCUGCUUUAGUGGCCAGAGUUGUAUACAUGUGGAAGGAAACAUUUAAUCUUAAAGCGGGUUAUUUCCAUGGCGAAGUUUUUAUAAGGUCAUCAGAAACUGUAUUGGGUGAAGUGGGAGACCCUAGGGAAGUCUUUUUAGGAGACAAAUGUUGCCACGCCGCUCCUCUGUCGUCUAUAUUACGGAAAGCCAUUGUGGAAAAAAAAGAAAUAUCCAAAGAUUGGUUUAAACUUGGUGGUAAAGAAGUUGAUGAUGAUACAUUUGAGGAUGAUGGCAAAACAUAUUUCUACAAUAAAUACUACGAAAGAUUUACUGCUCGCUUUGAAGAUUUACCAGAAAAUCCAGUUUGUCCUAAUGAAAUGAGGAAACACCGAUAUUGUCCAUCAUGUGAACGUAAGACUAAACGUGAUGCCAAAAAUAUACCCAAAGUAGUAGAGAAAUUAGUAGAAAAAUCUGAUAAUGUUAAAGAAGCUAAUAGAACAGAGUGGUCUUUAGUGAAAUGGCAAGAUUAUGAUUAUAAGAAAGGUUGUGGUGUAUUUUUAAAGCCAGGGACUUUUAAAUUAAAAAACAGUCUUAAUAAUUCCAAUAAUAUUACUAAGGUAAAACUAGAAAAGGUUGAUGAAGAUGUUUAUCCUGAAUAUUAUAGAAAAAGCGAUAGUAAUUUGCGCGGCUCAAAUGUCGACACAGGCGAACCAUUUUGUUUGGGUUAUAUAGCUGCAAUUACAGCUGCUGGCGAUGGUCCCUUGAUUGUUCCUCAAGACAUCUAUAUCAAAGUAAAUGUCUUGUACAGACCUGAAAACACCUUCAGUAGAUUUCCGCAACAUGAAGAUCUAAAUGUUGUGUACUGGAGUGAUGAAAUUGUGGAAGUUCCAUUUUCUACAGUGGUAGGUCCUUGCUCUUUGACUUACGAAAAGAACAUUCCUGAACAAGAUUCCAUUCAUGAGUGGUUAGAAAAAGAUCCCAGUAGAUUUUAUUUUAGAAUGGCUUAUGAUAAAUCACGUGGAGAGUUCGUAGAUGUACCACACCACGCUAGUAGCAUUGGGCGAACAGAUAAAGGUAAAGACAAAGGUAAAGGAAAAGGAAAGUCCAGCAAGCCACAACAAGAACAACAGAACACGAAAGUGGAAGAGAUAAAAAUUAGACCUUUGAGAACUCUGGAUGUGUUUGCUGGAUGUGGUGGGUUAUCAGACGGUUUACAUCAGGCUGGUAUAGCAGAAUGUAGAUGGGCUAUAGAAAAUUUAGAAGCAGCCGCGCACGCCUAUUCACUUAAUAACAAAAACUGCACAGUAUUCAAUGAAGACUGUAAUGCAUUGUUGAAGGAUGCCAUGUCUGGUGCCAGUCAUAGUGCCGGUGGCUUGCGCCUUCCAAUGCAGGGAGAAGUAGAACUUCUCUGUGGUGGCCCACCUUGCCAAGGAUUUUCUGGCAUGAAUAGAUUCAAUUCAAGAGAAUAUUCUAAUUUCAAAAAUUCCCUAGUGGCAUCAUACUUAUCAUUUUGUGAUUAUUAUAGACCAAAAUAUUUCAUCCUCGAAAAUGUCAGGAAUUUUGUUGCAUUCAAGAAAGGAAUGGUUCUGAAACUAACUCUCAGAACAUUACUGGAUAUGGGUUACCAGUGCACUUUUGGAAUUUUGCAAGCUGGAAAUUAUGGCGUACCACAAACCAGGCGAAGACUUAUUAUUUUAGCCGCUGCACCUGGCUAUAAACUGCCGCUGUAUCCAGAACCAACUCAUGUAUUUAGUAGGCGCGCAUGUUCUCUCACAGCUACUAUCGACGGUAAAAGAUUCGUGACAAACAGCCAGUGGGACGAGUCGGCUCCAAGGAGAACAUGCACUAUACAUGAUGCUAUGAGCGAUUUACCAGAAAUCUGUAAUGGUGCAAAUAAAUUGGAGAUAGACUACGGUUCUAUGCCUGAAAGUCACUUUCAGCGUAUGAUAAGAAGCAAAGACGAGAGUACAAAACUGCGAGAUCACAUUUGUAAAAAUAUGGCUCCACUGAUACAAGCGAGAAUCUGCAGAGUGCCUACCACUCCUGGCUCGGAUUGGAGGGACCUUCCUAAUAUAUCUGUUACUCUGUCAGACGGAACCAAGUGCAAGGUCCUGCAAUAUCGGUACGACGACAAGAAGAAUGGUCGGUCAUCGUCGGGAGCGCUGCGGGGCGUGUGCGCGUGCGCGGCGGGAGGGACUUGUUCGUCGAAUGAUAAACAGGAAAACACACUGAUUCCUUGGUGUCUGCCGCACACAGGCAAUCGACACAACAACUGGGCUGGUCUCUAUGGUCGCGUGUCGUGGGAUGGUUACUUUAGCACGACGGUGACGGAUCCCGAGCCUAUGGGCAAACAGGGCCGGGUGUUGCAUCCGGAGCAGAACCGUGUGGUGUCCGUGCGGGAGUGCGCGCGGUCUCAGGGCUUCCGAGACACUUACAUCUUCGCUGGAUCCAUACAGGAUAAGCAUAGACAGAUAGGAAACGCGGUGCCACCGCCGCUGGGGGCGGCUUUAGGACGUGAGAUCAAGAAGGCUUUUAUAAAAAGUACUCCAACUUGACCAUUGUUACUUUAUAUGCAUUUGACUGAAGUGGUAUUUUUUAAAAUUAUGUUAAUAAUAUUUUGCCUAUUUUGUGUAACUUUAAUAAGCCAAUAUAAAAGUUACUUUAAUAAGCCAAUACA